AUGACCAACUAUCAGAUUGACAUUGUCUCCGAUAAUGUCUGCCCCUGGUGCUAUGUCGGCAAGAACAGACUGGAGCUCGCAAUCAACCAACAUAAACAGAGCAAUCCAAACGACACCUUCUCCAUCACAUGGCAUCCAUUCUACUUGAACCCGGACGCGCCCAAAAGCAUAGACAAGCAGGCUUACUAUGAGAGUAAGUUUGCUCCGCAGAGGACGCAGGUCAUGCAGGGCCAUCUCGCAAGGCUAGGAAAGCAAGUCGGAAUCAACUUUGCGUUUGGAGGACGCACUGGCAAUACAAGAGACAGCCAUCGACUAGUCCAGCUUGGAAAGACAAAAGGUCCGGCGCAAGAGACCAAGGUCAUCGAGCAGUUGUUCAAUGCAUACUUUGAGGAAAACGAGGACAUUACAGACCAAGAAGUGCUGAUUGCGCGAGGCAUUGAGGCAGGUCUCCCGGAGCAGGAAGUGAGGGACUGGAUGGCUACCGUAUAG